CACGCAAUCAUGGGUGGAGGUCCAAAAGUCCCGUACCCCAAGCACGUCUGGUCGCCGGCCGGAGGUUGGUAUGCCCAACCCGCCAACUGGAAAGGCAACACGGCCGCCGUGGGCCUCGUCCUCGGCAGCAUUGUCGGAAUGGCCUGGAUGAUCAGCGCAAGGCUGGAAUAUCGCGACAAGAUGCCUGAGCAAGGCCGCUUCUUUCCGAGCAGAUACUGGAGCAAGCAAAUUGUCGAUCACGAGCGGAGCCAGAAGCAGAGUGCUAUAGAGAAGACACUAUCAGGAUAAACAACGUACGAUGCAAGAGGAGGCUCACUGACGUCUUGCCGACAAUACAACACGAUUAUAUUCAUCGAGACCUG